CAGGGGUGGGUGAGAGCUGUAUGCUUUGGGAGAGUAUCCGGAGUUGCUACUUUUAAAUUUGUUUGUGGCUGGUGCUUGCUUCGUGUAGCGAUCGCUAUGGCUCUUCGUGCGACAAGAAGUUCUCGGCUGAAUACAGAGAACCGGACCGCGAUAAUGGACAAGGGGGUAGCGACCAAACCUGCUCUGAGGCCGAGAGCUGCUCUGGGAGAGAUCAGUAACAAAACUGCCGUAACACGAGCAGUUCAGAAAAAGGACACGAAGCCAGCGACUAAAGUGGUUCCGAAGAAAUUGACAAAGCCGGAAAAAGCCCCUGAACCGGAGGUUCCCAAGAGAGCUGUAAUCAAGCCAACGAUGCCAGUUCAAAUAGAACCUACAUCUCCAGCACCAAUGGAGACAUCUGGCUGUGCACCUGAUGACUUGUGCCAGGCUUUCUCAGAUGUGUUGCUGAACAUCAAGGAUGUUGAUGCAGAUGACUUCGAUAAUCCAAUGCUCUGCAGUGAAUAUGUGAAGGAUAUUUAUCGUUAUCUUUGUCAACUUGAGGUGGAACAAGCCAUCAAACCAAAGUACCUUCUGGGACAAGAAGUUACAGGAAACAUGCGUGCCAUCCUAAUUGACUGGCUGGUCCAGGUCCAGGUUAAAUUCAAGUUGCUGCAGGAGACUAUGUACAUGACUGUGGGAAUAAUUGAUCGCUUUCUUCAGGCUAAUCCAGUUCCCAAAAAACAGCUGCAGCUUGUGGGUGUGACAGCGAUGUUUCUUGCCUCAAAGUAUGAAGAGAUGUAUCCUCCAGAGAUCUCUGACUUUGCCUUUGUUACGGAUUCCACCUACACCACAGCUCAGAUCCGUAAUAUGGAGAUGAAGAUUCUGAAAGUGCUUAAGUUUACUUUUGGUCGUCCAAUUCCCCUCCACUUUCUCAGAAGAGCCUCUAAAAUUGGGGAGGUGACUGCAGAACAGCACACCCUGGCAAAGUACUUCAUGGAACUCACCAUGAUGGAUUAUGACAUGGUUCACUUCCCACCAUCACAAAUUGCUGCUGCAGCUUUUGCCUUAACUCUAAGAGUCCUUGGGUGUGGGGAAUGGACCCCAACUCUGCAGCACUACUUGAACUACACUGAAAGCUCACUCAUCCCAGUGAUGCAACACAUAGCAAAGAAUGUUGUCCGGGUUAAUCAGGGGCUCACAAAGCACCUGGCGGUAAGGAACAAAUAUACCAGUCAGAAGCAGAUGAGGAUCAGUACUCUUCCUCAGCUGAAAUCUGCAGUCAUCACUGACUUGGCCAAACCACUGAUGUCAUAAGUGUAUGAGAUGUGUUCUAGUUAUUGAGCACUAUGUGCUGCUGUAAAUUUGUUUUUAUGCAUGCUUUUAAUCUUUAAAUAAAUGCUUUGGUUUUAAAGAC